AUGUUAAGUAGUUCUCCUACUAAUAACAACUAUUGUUUUAGUUCCACUUAUAAAAAUUAUGUUUCAAAAACUGGAUCUCAAAACAAAAAACUACGAAUACUUUCAAGAACAUCGACAUCAUUUAGUAAUGAGAAUGAAGGAAGAAGAAAAUUAAGUAAAUGUCUACCAAAUUUAUGGAAAUACACUAAUACAGUAACUUCGAUUAAUAGUUUAGAUAUGAUACCAAAAUUAUUAACUAAAGAAAAAUUAUCAGUUUUUUCUUUACCUUCAAUUUCUACUGGUGAAGAAAUAAAGGCAUUUGCUGUAAUUAUUAAUUUUUCUACUAAUAUUUCUAGUAUUGAAUUAUUAAAAGAACAAUUAAUGGAUAUCGAUAAAGAGGAAAAUGUGGAGAAUAAAACUCACGACGAUAAUGAUCUCGUAGAAGAAGAUACAACCGUAAAAGAGAAAGAAGAAAAUAGAAAACCAAGUAAAUUAUUUUCACUUUUGCAAUCUUUAGUGGCAUUUGAUCUCCUUCCCACACCAAAUCAUUAUAAAACGAAUUUUGAUCGUUGGGAUAAUUGCGAGAUUUGUUACACAGGUAGAGAUCGAAAAGUACAUGUUCGUGAAUCAGAAAAGGGAAUAGUUAAAAUUCCCUGGAAAACGGACAAUGAGUAG